UCAUUCCAUUCAUUUUGAUUUUUAAAGUGCCAUAAAUUUUGAUUUCGUAAUCGUAACCUGUUAUAAAAAAUAGUAAAAUUGCAACUACAGAAUAAAGUACAGGACACACUAGGGAAUUUUCUACACAACGAUGGCAGCAUUAAUAAAACUACGACAGUUUCCUUUUAUCCAAAGGUCUGUCUUGAAUCAUUACAACAGAAUGUGCCGAACCAUUUCUACGUCCAAUAAUAAAAAUAAUAGCGAGACAGUAAACCCUGCCUGUGAGCCUCAAAAGAAUUGGGUGAGCUAUGGAUUUGAUUAUACGAGCCAGGAAGAAGAUACAAAUCACCAUCAUGCCUCUUUCUUCUUUUCGAUUACUCUCUGCAUUGUAUUUGGUGGAUUUGCUUGGGCUUAUGCUCCUGAUGUACACAUGAGGGACUGGGCUCAACGUGAAGCCUUCUUGGAACUUCGACGUCGGGAAAGGGCAGGACAACCUCCCAUUGAUCCUAAUUAUAUCCCUCCUAAAUACAUGAAACUACCAUCUGAGUCGCAAUUGGCGGAUGUGGAAAUUAUCAUUUAAUUUCAAAUACAUUUAUAAAAUGUAGGUAAAAGUUUUAAUAGUAGUUAUAAUGUAUAUAUUUUUCAUUAAAAAAAAUUUUUACUUACUACACAAAUUUUGGGUUAUGCAUACAAGUAUAAAUUUCCUGUUUUUUUUUGGUUCAACAAUAAAUGUUGUCAACACAUUUUUUUUAAAGACAUAGAUGCAAUGACUUUUAUUUACUAUUAUAUUACCAAAUGAGCGAAAAACUAAGAUUUAGGGGAUAGCUUAAGGGUCAUCAACUCACUUAUUAGUAAGAGUUAUGAAAUCUAAAUGCUGAUGUACUUCUUGAUGUUAUGUUAUUCAGUCAUGAUAUGGUCAGUCAGAAUAAUUUUCAAUAAAGUUUUGAGUUUUUACCAAA